AUGGCUGCUAGACAAUUAUCUUUUCUCAAGAUAGCCUUUAUCUUCAACUUCCACAGUGAGAAAUUACUCCCGUCGAAUUUCUCGAUCUUGAACUUCGCCGUCAUUGCUUCUACCACGAACACCUUCGCCGCUCGCUUCACUCUCUUUUUGUGGUUCUGCUGUCAAAAUUUGGCGCUUUCUCUCGGUUUUCGAAGCCGAAGAAAAUGUCGGGGAUUCGCCGAUUCGAGCUCGAGAAGGAGACGGAGCUCCGGAUCGAGGUGGGCCCCGAUUCCGACCUCGACGGUCGCUGUCGCCGCGCGGGGCCCCACGCGCCGACGAUCUUCGGCGCACGCGAGGCUCCCUCUCGCCACCUGGAUCCCGAUCUCCGCCCACCACAACAUCGCCAUCUUCACUUGGAAAGGGGCUACGGUGGAGGUGGAUGGAGUUAGUGAGGUGGAGUAUGUUGCUGAUGAAACACCGAUGGUGAGCUACGUGAAUGUGCAUGCGGUUCUUGAUGGGCGAAGGAUUCGAGCUAUCAAGGCUGCUGCUUCCGGCAGUGAUAUCAAUUCAACGCAGGGUCCAAGAGUAAUGGUUGUAGGACCUACAGAUUCUGGAAAAAAUAGCUUGUCAAGUAUGCUUCUUAACUGGGCCUGCAAACGUAGCUGGAAACCUACUUUUGUCGAUUUGGAUAUCGGCCAGGGAUCUAUUUCCAUUCCAGGAUGUAUUGCUGCUACUCCAGUUAAAUUGCCAAUAGAUGCAGCUGGAAGGACUCCAUUGGAAUUGCCCCUUGUUUACUUUUACGGACACACCACUCCAAGUACCAACAUAGAGCUGUACAAAGUCCUCCUCAAGGAAAUGGCUGAAACAGUGGAGCUACAGUUUUCCAAGAAUAUUGAAUCUCGAGCUGCUGGCAUGGUAAUCAACUCGAUGGGAUGGAUUGAAGGUGUUGGUUAUGAGUUGCUUCUUCAUGCAAUUGACACUUUUAAGGCUGAUGUAAUUCUAGUCCAGGGACAGGAGAAGCUUUACAGCAUGCUUAAGGGAAAGCGAAAUGUAGAUGUUGUUAAACUUCACAAAUCCGGUGGUGUUGUUUCGAGGAGUGCUAAAGUCCGUGAACUGACCAGAAGUCUUCGGAUCAGGGAUUACUUUUAUGGGUCAGUGAAGGGUCUAUCUCCGCAUGCAUAUACAGUAAACUUCAACGAUAUAUCUGUUUUCCGAAUUGGUGGUGGUCCACAGGCACCUCGUUCAGCACUUCCUAUAGGGGCAGAGCCUGUUGCAAAUCCUAUUCGACUUGUAACUGUCAGCAUAAACCGCGAAUUGCUUCAUUCAGUUCUUGCUGUUUCAUAUGCAAAGGAGCAAGAUCAAAUUCUCUCAAGUAAUGUUGCAGGGUUUGUUAAUGUCAUAGAUAUCGAUAUGCAGAGAAAAGUACUCACAUAUCUUUCUCCUUGCCCGGGAGAGCUCCCUGGAAAGCUACUGGUUUCGGGGACGCUAACAUGGUCGGAGAGCUAGGGUUCUUUCGAGUGAUGACGGCCAGCAGCAAGCUAGGAGACGGUUCGUUGCUAUCAACCUAAUGCAGUUUUUACGAUGCCAAUACUGUCAGGAGUAACUUAGGACAUAUAAGCAGGCUUCAAGUUGUUCGGUUUGCUUUUCUGUUUUAUUUUGAUUUUAUUCUGAUAUGUGUCAAAUUUAAAUCAUGUUACAAGUACUGCUGUUGGUUGUGCUCUUGGCUGUCCUUGGUUGGUACCAGGAUAGUGAGCAUUGAUGGGUCUGCAAUUUUGGCUCGAAGUAUUGUUAGACCAGCCGCAAUAGAAGAGCAAAUCUGAAAAUAUUAGAUGCA